UCAAAUGUCUCGGCUCGUGAUCCCUCAUGCCGAGAGUCCAGCAGCGACGGUCAGACCGCUGACGUCCCGAUGCCCCGUGGUGCUGGCCUGAGCACGUCCAUUCGGCCCAUCGAGUCCGCGCCGACUGUUCGUCAUGGCUGAAUCAUUUCCCUCUCCACCUCAUUCUCCAACCUUCUCCACGUAACCUUGCACGCCCUGACCGAUCGAGAGUCCACCGCAGGGACAAGCUUUCAGUAAGAAAGAUCCCCUCCUGGAACCAAACAAUGAGCUCCUUGCGCAGUGGGAUCUUCCUGUGCGCCGCCUUAGCCCUGUCGUCGGCCCAGGCGGGGCUGGACUGCACAGGGGUGGAGUGCGCAGAACUGCAGGGCUGCAUUGAGGAGAAGCUGGAGGACGGCGAGUGCUGCUCCCGCUGCCUGCAGAGGGGCUGCCCCUGCCGGGGCCUCGCCUAUUACGAGUGCCUGCGGGCUGGCUUUCAGUGGGGGACUGUCCCCGCCGGCGCGUCCUUCCCUUCUGGCUCCCGCGGCGCGUUCUGCCGGUGCCCGGAGGAAGGGGGCGAACUCGCCUGCGACAGCCCCGUCCCCUGUCUCCCUCUUCCCCAAAACUGCGCCCGGGUCCACCGUCCCCGGGGUGGCUGCCCCAGGUGCGCCCUGCUGGGCUGCUUCAGCGGAGGGCGGCUCCAUCCCGUCGGGCACUCUUUCCGACCCGACCCCUGCACCCUGUGCCAUUGUCUCGCCUCUGGCUCCUUCUCCUGUGCCUCGGACCACGGCUGCAGGGGCCAACGGGGCGAUGAUGGGCCGGUCCCCAGUGACCAGAGGCAGCCGGCAGCUGAGGCGGCUGGAGCCGCAGAUUCCAAGGUGACGGCCAGAGCAGACGGGGAGGAGACGAGGCUGGAGAAGAAGCAGGCAGACCCUGCCCAGGUGGCAGUCUCCCGUGAGAGAGCCGGACUCCCGGAGUCCCUCACCUCCUGCUGUACCGCCGGACGGCGCCGGGCCUCCGCAGACGGGAAGUGCCCCAGGGAGUCGGCCCCCCCGGCGGAUUCGGAGCUCUGCAGGGAGCUGCAGGAGCUGUGCUGUCUGUCGGCGCUCGACGAGGCCAGGUGCCGGGCGGGCGUGGAGGCCGCGCAGAGCGGGGACCGCUGUCUCCGGGAUGAGACAGGAGGCUGCGGAUCAGAUUCAUUUAAGCGCUGCUGCAAGUGCUGCUGGCUUGGCCUGGAUUCGGCCUCUCGCGGUCUGCCCUGCGACUGGCCCCAUCGGCUCGGAGCCGCCUGUUCGCAGGCCGCCUCUGCCUGCUGCCGCCGUCGGGCCGACCCACGCCCCUCCGGAGACCAGCGCCCGGACAAGACCUCCUCAACCGGGAACCGUCGGGAGGCAAGGUGGCCGCAGGAGGGAGUGUCAGAAGAGGCGGGCAGAGGAGGAGGGGAGAGAGGACAAGGGGGUCUGUCACCAGGGGAGGAAGAUGUCUGUGCAGGGCAGGCUCGCUGCUCCCAUAUCUGCUCUCCGUUCGGACAUUCCCACGUGUGUACCUGCUUGCCGGGUUAUCAGCUGCUGGCAGACGGAACGUCCUGUGAAGAUGUGGACGAGUGCGCCUCAGGGGCUCACAACUGCUCCGGCCACGAUAGGUGCGUCAAUCUCGAAGGAUCGUUCCGCUGCGUACAGACAGCAGGGUCCUGCAAGGACGGCUUCUCGAUGAGUCAACAGGGGACCUGUGUCGGUAAGGAUUACAGCAGAGCCGACAAAUUGCAUCUGCUGCUGGGUCGAACAGAAACCACAAACGAUCAUGAGAAAAAAUGUUCACUGUAUAGAUCACCUCCUCUCCCCCUACCUCCGUGA